CCUUUCCAUCCCCUCCCCUCCAUCUUCAUUUCCUCAAUCCUGCUCCUGCUGCUAGAGACGCGCCGGCUGCGACCUGAGGAUAAACUGGACCAUGACGCUGCAGGCCCAGGUCUGUGCCUUCGCACUAUAACGCCGCGGACUGAUGGACACAUGCUGCAGGUGGAGCCAGAAUGAGUGUCGAUCCGCUACUGCAGGAGACGCUGUUCAAGCGUUCGCAGCAGAAAAAAAGGACAUCCCCUCUGAACUACAAGGAACGAGUGUUUGUCCUCACCAAGACCAAGCUGACGUACUACGAAGGAAGACCAGAGAAGAAGUUCAAGAGGGGCUCGAUUGAGCUGAGCCGCAUCAAAUGUGUGGAGAUUGUCAAGAAUGGAGGCGGGAUUAUCAUACCCUGCCAGAACAAAUACCCCUUUCAGGUGGUGUACGAUACCAACACCCUGUAUGUUUUUGCUCCGAACCAGAGAAGCAGAACGCUGUGGGUCCUGAUGCUCAAACAAGAGAUCCAGAACAACGCCGGCGUGCUGAUGAAGUUUCACCCCCAGUUCUGGCUGGAGGGCCUGUGGCUCUGCUGUCGCCAGGCGGACAAACAGGCGCCGGGCUGCGAGGAGUACAACCUGUUCGGAGACAUUUCCAGGAAACCUCUGCCCCCGAUUCCUGGAGAGGAGGACAACCGUCGCCACGGUCUUCCUCCCAUCCCGCAGGACGACGACGACGCAGACGAGGAUGAGGACGACGAGGAGGAGGGGACGGGGGAGGAGGAGGUGGUGGUGGCCAUGUUCGACUUCCCGGGACUGGAGCCGCAUGACCUGAAGCUGGUCCAAGGAGGCGAGUACGUCAUCCUGGAGAAGUGUGACGCCAACUGGUACAAGGCCCGCAACCAGUACGGGGAGGAAGGUUACAUCCCAAGUAACUACGUGACGGAGAAGACGUCUGGGAACCUGGUGCAGUACGUAUGGUUCAGUAAAGACGUGAACAGGAACAUGGCCGAGGAGUUGCUGAGGAAGGAGGAUAAAGAAGGAGCCUUUAUUGUGAGAGACUCCAGCUACCCUUCCACCUACACCGUGUCUCUUUAUACCAAAAGCGGAUCGGGGGAUGGGGGUCCGAUUAUUAAACAUUAUCACAUUAAGCAGACUCAAGGCAUACCCAGACAGUAUUACCUGGCUGAGAAACACCUGUUCAACUCCAUCCCUGAGCUCAUCGAGUACCACAGGCACAACGGAGCAGGUCUUGCUGCCAGGUUGAGAUAUCCUGUAGGAAAGAAACACAAAUCGGCUCCAUCGACAGCGGGCUUCAGCUACGAUAUGUGGGAGAUAAACCCGAGCGAACUGACCUUCAUGAAGGAGCUGGGCAGCGGUCAAUACGGCCAAGUGAGGCUUGGCAUGUGGAGGGCUCAGCAUAAAGUGGCCAUUAAGGCCAUCAGGGAGGGAGCCAUGUAUGAGGAGGACUUCAUUGAGGAGGCCAAAAUCAUGAUGAAACUGUCCCACCCCAAACUGGUGCAGCUCUAUGGCGUAUGCAGCCAGCAGAAGCCCAUCUACAUUGUGACAGAGUUCAUGCAGCAAGGCUGCCUGGUGAACUAUCUCAGGCAGGGUCGAGGCAGCUUCAGCCUGGGGUCCUUGCUGAGUAUGUGCCUGGAUGUCUGCGAGGGCAUGGAGUACCUGGAGGCCAACAGUUUCAUUCACAGAGACCUGGCUGCCAGGAACUGUCUGGUGAACGAUGCUCUGGUGGUAAAGGUGUCUGACUUCGGCAUGGCCAGGUACGCCUUAGACAACCAGUACACCAGCACAAAAGGCGCCAAGUUUCCAGUGAAGUGGUCUCCUCCUGAGGUCUUUAACUACUGCAAAUUCAGCAGCAAGUCCGACGUCUGGUCGUACGGCGUGUUGAUGUGGGAGGUGUUCACAGAGGGUCAAAUGCCAUUUGAUCAAAGUCUCAACCAUGAAGUAGUUACAAUGGUAACGAGUGGCCAUCGUCUGUACAGGCCGAAAAAGGCCACGCCUGCAUUAUACGACAUCAUGCAGCUCUGUUGGAACAACAGACCAGAGGAGCGUCCCUCCUUCUCAGAGCUUUGCCUCAGACUCUCUGACGUCUUGGAGGACGACGUUCUUCCCUCCACCUGAUUACCCAGACUCCUCCUUGUCGCUGAAGGAAAGAAAGAAGCUGCUCCUAAAAGCUGUCAUAAACUGCCGUAUGUUGCGGCGCCGCGGUACUUUUGUGUUGUUUUGUGUUUUUUAGCACAGGAAAGCUGCUCCUAGCGUCAGCAGCCGUCCACCAACCACUGUUGGUGGACACAGUAUCAGCUGUUUCAGGACGGCCAACACGAACCGACAGAAUGCACUGACACUCAACCAGCUCUCAUGACGGACAAGUUCACCCACGCAUGCUAACGUUUUUUUUUUUUUUUGUUGUUGUUUUU